AUGCGCGCCUGGGUGCGCAGGCGGUGCGGCUCUCCUGACAGCGCCCUCGAGCUUGCCACGAUCCCCACGCCCCCCGUGCCGACCGGCCAGUCAUCGGACGUACUGAUCCGAGUCUCGCAUGUCUCGCUGCAGUACAGCAGCGAGAUGCUAAUCCGGAUGAUGCCCAGCAUUCCUCUCGCAGGCCCAUGGAUCCCAGAGAUCGAGCUGUCUGGCGAAGUGGUGGCAGCAGGUGGCGGUGCACCAUCUGAAUUGCGCGAUCCGGGCACCCCCGUCGUCGCAUUCCAGAACAAGUUCAGCACAAUCAUCAUGGGUCACGGGACACUGUCGGAGUACAUCCGCCUGCCUGGCUGCCAGGUUACGCGCAUAGACGCCGCAGUUGACAAGGCGGCAGCAUCAGGCAUCAACGGUAGUGGCAGUACCGCGCUCGAGAUGAUCCGCACGGGUGGUGUGCGUGAGGGACACACAGUGCUCGUCAAUGGAGCCAGCGGCUCGGUCGGCUCGCUUCUGGUGCAGCUGUGCAGGAUUCGCGGGGCCAAGGUUGUUGGUGUAGCCAGCGGGGCAAACGAAGCCAUGGUGCGCGACCUGGGCGUAGACGAGUUUGUUGAUUACCGCGAGCACGACUCGCUGCCAGAGUACCUGGCGCAUCAGUACGGGGACAAGCCAUUUGAUUGCAUACUCGACUGUGUUGGCUCGCAGGCACUCUUUGUCCAUUCACCGACCUACCUCAAAGCUGAGGGCAUGGUGGUCAACAUCGGUACGCUCGAGAGUGUCAUGGCAACAGCGCGUAAUGUUCUUUCCAACAUGUACCUCCCCAAAUGGCUGGGUGGUAUUCCUAGACGAUACAUCAUGUUUAGCGCAACACCGACAAGCGAAAAUGCAGUGUAUAUAGCACGUCUAGUUGAGGAGAGCCGCCUCCGUAUCCCCGUCGACUCUGUCUUUGACAUGGAGGACGCCGUGGAUGCCUACGCACGGAUCGCUACCAAGCGCGCGCGUGGCAAAGUUGUGAUCCAAGUGCGCAGCGACUAG